UAACAAAGUAGACUACUCUUUCUAUUAAUAUACUUUUAUAUUUCAUUUUUACAGAACAUAAUUGAUCGAAAUGGCGAAGUCAAAGAAUCAUACAAAUCAUAAUCAGAAUCGCAAAGCCCACAGGAAUGGAAUUAAAAAACCUAAGAAGGUCAGACACGAAUCUACCCUGGGCAUGGACCCCAAGUUCUUAAGAAAUCAAAGGUUUUGCAAAAAAGGCAACCUAAAACCAGAAAAGCAAAUUGCAAAGGCAAACGAGAGGAAGGCCGUUCGAGAAUCUAAGGCUAAGAAAUGAACACCUAGCUUUUAAGACAAUAAAAACAAAAAUCCA